CCGGUAGCACCUUACUGCUGGGUAUGAAGAGGUUGUCUGUGCUGCUGGUGGACUGCAGGAAAACAACGGGGCUGAGUGGAACUGUGAGAGGAGGAGAAGAGAAGAAAGGAUCAGAUUUGACACAUCAAAGAGACAGACCAGGCUCAGAGGAACCAGAGCCAGGGACGUCCAAACCAGCAAGACGACACCACUGUUCCCACUGUGGAAAGGGUUGUAACCUCUUAUUGGAGCUGAAACAACAUGAGAGAAUACACACAGGGGAGAAGCCUUACCACUGCUUCCAGUGUGGAAAGAGUUUUAACCUGUUAGGGUCUCUGAAACGACAUGAGAGAACACACACAGGGGAGAAGCCUUACCACUGCUCGCAGUGUGGAAAGCGUUUUAACCAGAAAGUACACAUGAAAGCUCAUGAGAGAAUACACACAGGGGAGAAGCCUUACCACUGCUCCCAGUGUGGAAAGAGUUUUAGCUGGUUAAGGAACCUGAAAUUUCAUGAGAGAAUACACACAGGGGAGAAGCCUUUCCAGUGCUUCCAGUGUGGCAAGUGUUUUAACAAUUUAGGGGCCAUGAAACAACAUGAGAGAAUACACACAGAGGAGAAGCCUUACCAAUGCUCCCAGUGUGGAAAGAGUUUUAGCUGGUUAAGGAACCUGAAAGUUCAUGAGAUAAUACACACAGGGGAGAAGCCUUUCCAGUGCUUCCAGUGUGGCAAGUGUUUUAACAAUUUAGGGGCCAUGAAACAACAUGAGAGAAUACACACAGGGGAGAAGCCUUACCACUGCUUCCAGUGUGGAAAGAGUUUUAACCUCUUAUGGGAGCUGAAACAACAUGAGAGAACACACACAGGGGAGAAGCCUUACCACUGCUCGCAGUGUGGAAAGCGUUUUAACCAGAAAGGACACAUGAAAGCUCAUGAGAGAAUACACACAGGAGAGAAGCUUAACCACUGCUUCCAGUGUGGAAAGAGUUUUAACCUCUUAUGGGAGCUGAAACAACAUGAGAGAACACACACAGGGGAGAGGCCUUACCACUGCGAGCAGUGUGGAAAGAGUUUUAACCAGAAAGGACACAUGAAAGCUCAUGAGAGAAUACACACAGGAGAGAAGCCUUACCACUGCUUCCAGUGUGGAAAGAGUUUUAACCUCUUAUGGGAGCUGAAACAACAUGAGAGAACACACACAGGGGAGAGGCCUUACCACUGCUCGCAGUGUGGAAAGAGUUUUAACCAGAAAGGACACAUGAAAGCUCACGAGAGAAUACACACAGGGGAGAAGCCUUACCACUGCUCGCAGUGUGGAAAGAGUUUUAACCAGAAUGGACACAUGAAAGCUCACGAGAGAAUACACACAGGGGAGAAGCCUUUCCAGUGCUUCCAGUGUGGCAAGUGUUUUAACAAUUUAGGGGCCAUGAAACAACAUGAGAGAAUACACACAGGGGAGAAUCCUUACCACUGCUCCCAGUGUGGAAAGUGUUUCAACUGGUCAGGGGAUCUGAAAAAACAUGAGAGAUUACACACAGGGGAGAAGCUUUACCAUUGUUCCCAAUGUGGAAAGGGUUGUAACUUAUUAUGGGAUCUGAAACAACAUGAGAGAACACACACAGGGGAGAGGCCUUACCACUGCUCACAGUGUGGAAAGAGUUUUAAACUGAAAGGACACCUGAAAGCUCACCAGAAAAUUCACACAGGGGAGAAGCCUUACCACUGCUCCCAGUGUGGAAAGUGUUUCAGCCGGUCAGGUGAUCUGAAGAGACAUGAGAGAAUACACACAGGGGAGAAGCCUAACCAAUCCUCACUGGGUGCAAAGCUUUUGCCCAUUUAGGAAGCAUGGAAGAACACAUGAGACUGCACACAGAGGAGAAGGCUUACAAAAGCUCAGACUGUGGGAAAACAUAUGAAUCAUAUUACUCGUAACAUAUUACACUUAAACGUCAUUAGAGAAUCCACACAGGACAGAGAAAUUACUUCUCUUAGCGUGUAUAUUGAUAUUUCACAUCACAUUGACUCAACAUUCAUCAGAGAACAUACACAGUGCUCCUGUUGUUACCAGAUUUUACCUGUUUUUACCAGAUUAAAUUAAAUGGUACAGGGUAUACUCAAACAUAUAAUUGUUUGUUUUUAUUAGAAAACAUUACCAUAUUAAAUUGUUUCUUCCAAUUAUUGAUAAACAUGAAGGGAAGAAAACAGGGAGCAAUUA